CGCCGAGCCGUUAGUACGCGACUCGUGGAUGACGGCCCCGUCCGCGCUCGACAUCGACUACACACAAAAGGGGGCGAAGCAGGCCAAGGCGGCGCCGCCCCCACCGAAGGAGCCAGAGCGGUUCAUCUCGUCGCGGGAGAUCAACGCGAAGGAGCUGCAGGCCUUGAACGAGGGCAAGUCGCUCGACGAGCUCGACCUCCCCGCGCAGCACGACGUCGACUACCGGUUCGGCGACGACGGGUCCCACUGGCGCAUGACGAAGCUGAGGAGAAUCUAUCGCACGGCAGAGGAGACCGGGCGCACGCCGGAAGACGUGGCCAUGGAGCGCUACGGCAACCUCCGGGACUUUGACGACGCGCGGGAGGAGAAGAUGGAGCUGGACCGGCGGAAGACGUACGGCGAGGGUUACGUCGGGAAGGAGAAGCCGAGCGGUGAGCUGUUCCAGGAGAGGAAGCUCGACCUGGGUGUGCAUGAGAAGAAGAGGGCCACGCCGCCGACUCGCACGACUCCGCUGGACCAGGGGACCGCCAUCCCAGAUGACCCUACGGAUCAUGUGGCGACGCAGAUCGACCAAACGACUUUGAACCGACUGCGGGCUCAGAUGAUGAAGGCGAAACUAAGGAAAGCCCCGGACGCAGCGAAGCUCGAGGCCGAGUACGCUCAAGCUGCUGCGGCAUUCCAGGCCAAGGGUCCCGAAGCGGUCGUGCUCAAUGUCAUGGAGAAUCGCCUGCUGGCGGGACACAGAGGUGAGGCAAAGGCCAUCGAGAACAAGCGUGGCCGCGAGAGAGGACUCGUGGAAGAGAACAACGACAUGAGCAUCGAAGACAUGAUCCGUGAGGAGCGCCGCACGAAAGGGCAGGUGGGCGGAGAGGGCCUGCGCCUGGCCGAACGCAUCGCCAAAGACGGCAAGUUCGACAAUGACCUCGAGUACAUGGACGAGAACGCCGAGAAGCUAGCGAAGCGCGUGCAAAAGUCUGAGCUGAACCUCAAAAACUCGGCAGUCAACGAGUUCCAAAAGAUUAACAAGAUCCUCGACAAGUGCCAGCUGUGCCACCACGAGGAUCGCGACCAGCCGCCGAUCGCCCCGACCAUAUCCCUCGCCACCCGCGUCUACCUGACGCUGCAGACAGAGCCAGAACUCAGCGAAGGUGGCGCAAUCAUCGUCCCUAUCCAGCACCGCAAGAAUUUGCUGGAGUGCGACGACGACGAGUGGGAGGAGAUUCGCAACUUCAUGAAGUGCCUGACACGCAUGUACCACGAUCAAGGGCGCGAGGUUGUCUUCUACGAGAACGCAGCGGCGCCACAGCGACACCUGCACGCCGCCAUGGUCGCUGUGCCUAUCCCAUAUGACCUCGGCGACACGGCGCCGGCGUUCUUCAAAGAAGCCAUUCUCACUGCCGACGAGGAGUGGUCGCAGCACAAAAAGAUCAUCGACACUGGUGCUCGCGCAAGGGAUGGGAUGGGCAAGCUGGCGUUCCGGCGGUCGAUUGCCAAGGAGAUGCCCUACUUCCAUGCGUGGUUCACCCUGGAUGGCGGGCUGGGCCAUGUGGUUGAGGACGCCAACUGCUGGCCUCGCGGUGAUUUGUUUGCACGGGAGAUCUUGGGGGGGAUGAUGGACGUCGAACCUCACAUCAUCAAGAAGCAAGGGCGCUGGCACAAGGGCGACCCCAGAGUAGAAGGAUUCCAGAAGAGGUGGCGCAAGUUCGACUGGACGAGGGUGCUGUCAGAUGGGCAGUAGGCGGCAUGUAUAAUAGUUGGGGAUUCAGUCACUCGAGCAGAAAUUUGAGAAUGCUUCGAGAGCAUUCUCGCGGCUCGUCUUAUUAGGCCCAAGAAUCGAGGCCAUCGGGGCAGCUUUGCAGCACUUUGAUGCGUUUCAUAAUGGGUAUACGCCACAGAUGGCCACAAUCGCUGAAUAACAUGAUUGAUGCUUCUCCACCUUUUUGUCCACCAAGUCCUGCC